CAAGUCUUUUAACUGGUUUGGAUUCAGGUAUGGGUCCGAAGAAAUGGACAAGAACAAAGAGACUGUUAGAAGACAGUUAUUGUCAAAAUCGUAAUAAUGAAAGGGAAAUGCAAGCAAUUCCUAUUUCUGAUACUGCUGAAGAGCAGGAAAGUCAUUUUACCGGAUCAAGCCGUGGCACAUAUUCGAAGACACAAUGGACAAGAACAAAAACAUUGUUAGAAGACAGUCAUUGUCAAAACGAUAAUGAUGAAAUAGAAAUGCAAGGAAUUCCUGUUUGUGAUAGCAGUGAAGAACAUAAAGUUCAUUUUAGCAGAUCAAGCCGUGGCAUUCAGUUGGUGAUGUCAAAAGAGAAUCAAUGUUUAAAACAUCAGCAGAAUUCCAAAAGUUAUAGCACUACCAAAUUUAACCAUACUCCCAAGCGAUUCAGAACUAGGGAACAAAGCUCAGUUGCAAUUGCUAAUUCAAGUUUGUCAGCUAAUAGAAUCUCAAAUCUGGAGAAUCCAGGAACAUCACAAGUUUUACAAAGCUCCAGCAAUUCUGAAUUUGUGAAGGUUUACAUCUAUUUGGCCAAGCUUCAUACCAAAGAAGUAGAGCAGGAUCUACAAUCAAAUAUGAGGAUUCAGGAGAUGCUAUCCACACAUGUAAUUAUUGCAACGCAUGUUUCUGGUUUGGAGAAGCGAAUAAACAAUCGUCCUCAAGUGCGCCUCUAA